AUGUACGCUGCGGACGAGCCUGAGAAUCCACACCCCCUAUUCAAACACGAAGUAUCUCUCAAAGGACCAAAGGGCAAACGCGUGCGAGGCAUCGCACUUUUUGACGGAGCGGCAGGAGCUGGAGUGCUGGAUAGCACAUGGUUUGCGGCGAGGAAACACCGGCUAGGCAAGAUCUUGGCACCACGGAAACGGCUGAGGAUGGCGAAUGGUGCCGUGAUACCAUCGUCAGCACAUUGGGAAGGGCCCAUCGACGUCGGCGGAGUCGUGAUAAGAGCGGAGUUCGAGGUGAUUGACUCGGGUGGCGCAUGGAACAUCCUACUAGGGAAACCGCUGCUCCGGGCUCUGCGAGCAGUCCAGGACUUCAGGAACAACACCGUCUUAGUCGCGGAUGAGCUGCAGGAACAGCUGUUACACAAUACGGUGGGCGGCAAACGUCCAGUUCCAAAAGUAUCGCGAGGGGGAUGGCGAGAGCCGAGGCGAGAGGCCUCUGUGGGGGACGUGUUGUCCGCAACCUCCCCCCCGAGGCGAGUACAAACCAAUGCCUCGAUCAUACAAGACAAGACUGAUGUCGUUGCGAGUAACCGGACCAGACAAAGAAUAGGCGAUGACGGAGAUGCCAAUGACAGGAUACAAGAUGGGGAGAAGGACAGAAGAGGGGGAAAAGAGCCUACGGCGUCGCGUGUGAACACAACGGGGGAUGUAUUGUCCGCAAUCUCCCCCGCGAGGCGAGUACUGCUUGACGUCCUCCCCCGAUGGUGGGUUACUAACUACCCCACUUACGGUGACACCAAGGGCCGCCGGAGGAACGAGCACGCCAAGGAAGACCAGAGAAACGUACACGUGUCCGAGGCGCAUGUGGCCUUCAAGGGGGUUGAGUCGUGCGCGAUCACCCCCGCGAGGCGAGUCCAGAUGACCCCUGCUUCCGAGACCAAUACUGACGUGUUCGCGAUGGAAACGCACACGGACCGCGGGAGCCUUUUCACACGCCUCACAGAGCCGUUCAAGGCCGAGCGCGUCCAGCGAAUCGUCGCCCUCGUAGAACUCGGCCCGGACAUAUCGGCGGAGGAGAGAGAGACUGUGAGGGCACUGGUUGCAGAAUACGCGGACAUCUUCGCACUCGCAGUCAGCGAAGUGAAGGUGGUGCCAGGGCGGAAGUACUUGCCUAGGAUCCCCGACGGACACGACUUUGGGACUAAAACCGUCAACCAGCAACCAAUGUCACUGCCGCAGCUGGCGUUCCUCACGAAGCAGGUCGAUGAGUUGGUUGCCGCUGGCAUCCUUCGUCGCAUCGACGCUAAGGAUGUGAGGUGUGUCAGCCCAAUCACAAUGGCACCGAAGGACCAACCGGAGGGGAUCUGCAUGGCCGAGCUACUCCACCAGUUGAACAACCAGUGUGUCGCGGCAGGAUUACCGGGGCUGCGAGACAUCCCCGCCCGACCAGACCAGUCGCACGCCACCCAGCCGAAGAAGCCAGUUCGCUGGCGGGUUUGCCAUAACUUUGCCGAGAUCAACAGGGUGUGCAAGGUCGUCCCGUUUCCGCAAGGUGACAUCCGAGACAAACAGCGCCGAUUGGCUGGUCACCGCUAUGUUUCGACAUUCGACUUCGCGUCGUUCCUGCCGCUCACUUCGCUGGACUUGGCUGCGAAGAUAGUUGGGACGCCGAGCACAUCCGAUGCCUGA